AUGCAGCUUGGCACUACAGCAAACAAGCCCUCGGAACAAGCUGAGGCUUCAUUCCAAAAUAUGAACAACAUCAGAAAUCAGUUACAAUUUAUGCCGGUAACAUUAUUUAACAAUGGCAUCAAACUAGAUUGCUACGCCAUACUCGACAACUGCAGCAGCUGCUCAUAUAUCCUUAGCAAAACAGCUGAAACACUUCAGUGCAAACCAAGCCAACAACUACAGCUUAGCGUACGAGGUGCUUUCAGUAAGGACAAAGUGUCUUCCUCGCUGGUCCGGCUUAGUAUUGGACCACAUAACGCUACAAAGCCUACUUUCACCCUAAAAUCAGUCUAUUACGUUGGAGCUCUGAGUUUUGACGCCAUCGAUGUAAACAACCUUAACAAAACGUGCUCACUCUACAAUCAACUUCUACAUGUCAACUUUCCUGAACUAGGUGACAACACAGUUCAAAUUUUGCUUGGCGUAGAUGCUUUCUGGAAAAUUGCGGAGCGCGAUAUCAGGAAAGGUCCUACAGGCACCCCCUACGCUGUAAAAAACCUACUAGGUUGGACGUUCACUGGCCCACUCAACAAGAAAUCUAGUAGUUCCGGAUCAAAUUCACACUCAACUAACUUCAUUGACUUAAAUGAUCAAGAAGACGCUAAUCUCACUAAAUUAGUGGAAAAAUUCUGGAAAGUGGAAGGAUCAGGCAUCCAGGAAGAUAACAAAGCUACAGACUCUGAUAAAAGCAAACGUCAACUAAGAUUUAUGGAAAAAAGCAUUGAGCACGAUGAAGAUCGCUACAAAAUAAAUCAACUUUGGAAAAACGAAAAAAAAAUGCCGAACAAUUAUCUGGUAGCUAGAGCUCAACUGCUAUCGCUACAAAAACGGCUCAGAAAAGACCCUGAAACCAUGCAAGUUUAUGAGAAAUCGCUUACUACUGACCUGGAAAAUAACUACCUCAUGCACGUUACUGUCCAAGACCCACAACCUGAAUUACUUUGGUACCUCCCACAUCACCCUCUAACUAAUCCAAACAAGCCCGGGAAGGUACGCAGAGUGGCCAACGCUGCCUCAACGUACAAAGGCGUCUCGCUGAACUCUUGCCUCGAAGCUGGACCUGACCUCCUGAACAACAUGUUUGGACUUCUACUACGAUUCCGGGAAAAACCUGUGGUUGUAUCGGUGGAUAUUGAAGGUAUGUUUGUGCAAAUAGGUAUUAAAGAUGAAGAUCAAAAUGCGCUUUGCUUCCUUUGGCCUACUAAAAAUGGUAUCAAACAAUACCAAUACACGCGACUUAUCUUUGGUGCAAAAUGCUCACCAUCCAUUGCCAUCUUUGCGCUUCGUCAAACAGCUGCCGAUUACUGCGUAACCAAACCCAUUAUUGCUCAACUUCUCCACAAAAGCUUUUACAUGGACGACUUUGUUCACUCGUUCAACACGACACACGAGGCUAGAGGCUCUGCUACGCAACUAAAAACCUCCCUAAGACAGGGGGGAUUCAACCUAACUAAGUUCGUAUCUAACAGUAAUGACGCGAUCUACUCCAUUGAUGGAGGCGAAGUUUCUACUAAUGCUACAGUGCAUCGUGUCCUGGGGGUCAAAUGGGACACAACUGACGAUACGAUAUUUGUGCAACCAACAACCAAGCUAACUAAUACAACAUCAUCUACACUCUGA